UAAGAAUGUGUCCAGUCUCACUUCUCUCUUAAUCAUUCUCGCAGAAUCUGGCAGUCUGCGACAUCGAGUCCUUCCUGUUCUCUGUCCUGCUCUUUCUGGUUAUAGGCGUUAGCUCACCACCGUCUUUAAUUCCCUUUGUCCCGAUCAAAGUAGCCAAGAAUGAUUGUUGGGCAGCAUCACUGGCGUUGAAUCAGAUAAAGUAUCUUUAACUACUUGCUUUAAUUUUUCUUAAUAAAUGAAGAACCGGGUACACACCAAGACAGCACUGAGACAGGCACUUGCGUUCACGCCGAUUUGAAUGAGCUGGGUGCCUUUGCUGUGACUGGCGGCCCGGGACUCGGGGCGGGGUCGUGGUCGGGGGCGGAGAGGAGUCGCCGGCAGCGGCGCUGCACAGAGAGCCAGUCAGUAUCCGCGCCCAGCAGCAUCGCUUCAUACCCGCACCUGCCCCGCGGCGGCGUGGACACGCUCCUUGCCGGCGCGUCCCCCCAUCGGUGGCCGGAGACGUCUGUCAAAGACAUAUAAUUUCAGAGGUGCUGCUGCCCAGAGGAAUGCUGGAGGACAGAUGAUCUGACGGUGAGGCUCAGGAACCUGUGUCAAGAUGGGCUGCUCCCAAUGCAAGCAGAAGAAAUCCACCAAAGACGAGGACAACCCCGUCACGUCGGCCUGCGAUGCUGGUGUUUCGGCACAGGUCUUGCCCCCGCGCUAUGGGCCAGACCCCACCCACAACCAAACCGGAUUCAUCCCGGACUUUAACAGCUACCCCAGCCUGACUAGCCCUGCCCAGCCAUUUGGCUCCGCCUCCAUAGGCACUGCGCAGACGUGGGGAGGGGGCGUCACAUGUGGAGGGGUGACUCUCUUCAUUGCCCUGUAUGACUAUGCUGCCCGCACUGAGGAUGACCUGUCCUUUGUCAAAGGCGAGAAAUUCCACAUCGUCAAUAACACGGAGGGGGACUGGUGGGAGGCCCGCUCCCUGGACACGGGCAACUCGGGUUACAUCCCCAGCAACUACGUGGCUCCUGUGGACUCCAUACAGGCUGAAGAGUGGUACUUUGGGAAAAUGGGCCGGAAGGAUGCCGAGAGGCACCUGCUGGGACAGGGGAACCCCAGAGGAACCUUCCUGAUCCGUGAGAGCGAGACCACUAAAGGGGCGUACUCUCUGUCCAUCCGUGACUGGGACGACACAAAAGGGGACCAUGUCAAGCAUUACAAAAUCCGCAAGUUAGACAAUGGCGGCUAUUACAUCACCACCCGCACGCAGUUUGACACGGUGCAGCAGCUGGUGCAGCACUAUACAGAUCGCGCUGCAGGCCUAUGCUGCCGCCUGGUGGGCAGCUGCCAGCGUGGCAUGCCCAAGCUGGCCGACCUGUCGGUCAAGACCAAGGACGUGUGGGAGAUCCCACGCGAAUCGCUGCAGCUCAUUAAGAAGCUGGGCAACGGGCAAUUCGGGGAGGUUUGGAUGGGCACAUGGAACGGCACCACCAAGGUGGCGGUGAAGACGCUGAAGCCGGGCACCAUGUCGCCCGAAGCCUUCCUGGAGGAGGCGCAGAUCAUGAAGCGGCUUCGGCACGACAAGCUGGUACAGCUGUACGCCGUGGUGUCCGAGGAGCCCAUCUACAUCAUCACCGAGUUCAUGACCCAGGGGAGCCUGCUGGACUUCCUGAAGGAUGGAGAUGGGAGGGAUCUCAAGCUGCCCCAGCUGGUGGACAUGGCCGCUCAGAUCGCCUCGGGGAUGGCCUACAUCGAGCGGAUGAACUACAUCCACCGGGACCUAAGGGCCGCGAACAUCCUGGUGGGAGACAACCUGGUGUGCAAGAUCGCCGACUUCGGGCUGGCGCGCCUCAUCGAGGACAACGAGUACACGGCGCGGCAAGGAGCAAAAUUUCCCAUCAAGUGGACGGCGCCUGAGGCAGCGCUGUACGGCAAGUUCACCAUCAAGUCCGACGUGUGGUCCUUUGGAAUCCUGCUGACUGAGCUCAUCACCAAGGGCCGCGUGCCGUACCCAGGCAUGAACAACCGGGAGGUGCUGGAGCAGGUGGAGCGCGGCUUCCGCAUGCCCUGCCCACCCGGGUCCCCGGCCUCGCUGCACGAACUCAUGCUGCAGUGCUGGCGUAAGGACCCCGACGAGCGCCACACCUUCGACUACCUGCAGAGCUUCCUGGAGGACUACUUCACUGCCACCGAGCCACAGUACCAGCCGGGCGAGAACCUGUGAUCCCCCCCAGCCCCCCCAGCUGAUGAAAAGUGCCCCCUCUCAAGCUUUGCCGUUCCUUCCCACCCCCCCCCACGCCCUCCACCUGCAUGGCUGUCCGGUCA